GUCAAAUCAGUAUUUGACAUUGAUUUGAGACGUGUAGGAAAGAAAUAAUCAAAUCAACCGAAAGAAUUCGUUCUAAAAUAUUUAUUUAUCUCCUUUUUUUAGAGUAGUAGGAGUGUUAAGAUUAAUUUAUUUACAAAUACUGUAAGUGCGAACUGUUGACCAUGGCUGACGAACCCAAACCUGUUAAAUUAAAAGAACGCAUGAACUUGAUAGUUAGUGCAGAUCCGGCACAAUAUCAUAAUGAAUAUUCCCUGCGGAGAUAUCUAAGAGCUUUCAAAACUGUUGACAAUGCUUUUCAGGCAAUAAUAAAAACAAACAAAUGGAGAGUAGAGUAUGGUGUCGCUGAGUUAGCAGAUAAUAAGGAAAUAAUUGAGAAGUACUCGGACAAAGCCAGGGUUCUGAGGCAUAGAGACAUCACUGGCCGGCCUAUCAUAUACAUUCCAGCAAAGAACCACAGUUCCAGUGACAGGAAUAUUGACGAUUUGACUAAAUUCAUAGUCUACUGCUUGGAAGAUGCAAGUAAGAAAUGUUUUGAAGAAGUGGUUGACAACUUAUGCAUAGUUUUUGAUUUGAAUGGCUUCACACUGUCCUGUAUGGACUACCAAGUAUUGAAGAACUUGAUCUGGUUGCUCAGCCGACAUUACCCAGAGAGGCUUGGUGUUUGUCUGGUCACUAAUGCACCGGCUUUCUUUUCUGGAUGUUGGGCUGUUAUCAAAGGAUGGCUCGAUGAAAACACUGCCAGUAAGGUUGUAUUCAUGCAUUCUGAAAUGGACCUUUGUCAAUACCUCAUACCAGAUAUACUACCUGAUGAUAUGUGAAUUUUAGAACAAACAUAUGGACAAACGCAAAGAUAUACCGGUAAACACGUCUAGUUUUAAGAUAUAUCUUAUAAAUGUAUAUAUAUUUUUCAUUAUGUGACCUUAGAGAAACUAACAGUACCACCAAUAUAGCGAUCCCAUUGUUAGAAUACUUGCCACAGUAAUAAGAACCAAACUAAUUAAAUAAUGCACUAGUCCAAGAUAGUGACUUUCUUCUAAUAUUAUUCACUUGUUUAUAAGUAGGUAGUUCUUAAUCUUUUAUGUAUACAAACAAACAUACAGAAUACAUUGUGUACAUUCUGAUAUUCCAUUAAAUCAAAAGAAAACUUGCCAUUAAACUAAUUAAGUAACAAUUAUGUACAAGGUAUAGAAUUAUAUUAAAGACGCGAAUUUUCUUUGAGGUAAGGUAAGAAGGUUUUAAUUAUUAUUCAUUAACAUUACAGCUGGAAUAAUGUGGCACAGCAAAAGUUAAAAAUGCGUGCUAAAGUUGGACUUGAUUUUGAGAUUGGGUACUUUUUGUACAUCAGUGUUUUCACUGACCAGUAGAUACAGAAAAUGACACUUAAACAUGCCUCUCUGCUUAUUUGAACUCUUGUCUAUGAAACAGAGCUCUAGGUAAUAAUUAAACUUACAAAUAGUAUUUUGCAUUAAACAACUAAACUAGUCCAGUAGAAUACUAAUUGAAUAGGUACAAGUCGCUGAUCUUGUCAGUCUUAUUAUUUGUUAUUUUUUGUAAAGUUAAUAAAUUGUCAUUAAUUAUUUUUAGUAAAUAUAACUUUAACACCAAAAUAGUCAAUUAACCAUUAAAUGAGAUUCAUUUUGUUUUAGAUUCAAAAGUUGUAUGUUAAGAUUAUUAUUAUAGUUUAAAUGUUAAAUAUUGUUAUUUUGUUUUCUGCAUUAAUUGUUUUGAUGAAAGUCAUUGCUAUCUCUAUUAGGGCCUACGCACACCAAGUUUUUAUCCUGCAGAGCUCGCUAAUAACGCGCGUACCGACACGGUGCGUUUAAAAAACGUGGUGUGCAUAGGCCCUUAGUCCAAUUUGUCCACUCCAUAGAUGAAAUUAAUGGAAAUAAUACACAAAUCGAAUGAUUGAAAUGAAAUUAUUUGUGGAUUCAUCAAAAAUAGAUUUCAGCAUUUGAGAACAUCAUCAAUAGUGGUAUCACAAUCCUGAAAGUGUUACAGGGUCUCUUGUUGUUAAUACUAAGAAUUUAUUAGGUUCUUAUGAUUUAACAGAUUAUGAAUAGUAAUAGUUACUUUUAAUAUAUUGUAUAUUCUUUCUACGAUACUGCUCCCCUCCAAAACUACAUCCUAUUGUCCUAAUAAUAUGAAAAAUCCGAAUAUUUGUUAGGAUGUAUGUGGGUUUGUUUGUUACUCUUCCACGCUAAAACUACUGGAUGGAUUUUGAUGUAAUAAGGCAGUAAUAUAGCUUAUUUAUCAGAAUACCGUAUAAGCUACUUUUUAUCGAUGAGCGGGAAGUACCUAGUUCCUCGCCAUGAGCGUUGAAACCGCGAGCGGAAGCUAGUUCUUGAAUAAAGCAGUAUUUCGCAGGACAUUAAAUGUGUACCUGUGCCAAUUUUAAAGGGAAAGUUAUUUAAUAUUUUUUUGGUUUCUUGUGGAUCGUAGUUAUAUUGAUUCAUGUAUAGUCCGCGAUAGCUCGACGUGGCAAUCAGCUUACUUACAUAGGACUAGGAUACUGAAAGUAUGAGUUUGAUGAAUGAUUUGCUAUUGAUGAAUGAAAUUUCCUAUAAAUCUUUUUAAGUGUUUUGAAAUCUGAACAGUAAACAUAUUUUUUUUUUCAAUAUUUGCCACGUCAACCUGUCGCGGACUAGAGAGCAACGAUUUGUGAUUGAAGUUAUAAAGUUGCAUUGGGAGGCAUACUAUACAAAGAGGACCUUUAUUGCCUCUGGCCUGGGGUCCGAUUCUCCUAAGUUAAUAAUGUCAAAAUCGAAUCGCAAUAUGAUCGCAAUAGCAGUUUUAACCUAAUAUUUUAUUUAAUAUUGCAAUAGUUAAUGAUUCAUAAUUGAAUGACAGAAAAGGAUAAAAACGUUUAUUUCAAUAAAAAAAUAGCGGAAUGCCAAAUACGUUUCAAUCGUAGGUAAUCGAGUAGGGAUUGGAUCGCAGUCGAACGUGAAUCGUAUGUUGCUUAUGUAAAAUUAGGAGAAUCGGGCCCCUGAUUUUAAGUCAGUUCAGUAACUAGCUGUAUCCAGAAGACACAAUGGUCAUCCUGAAUCCAAUGCCUCGUGAUGUCAACCCCUAAAACAUUCCAAAAACUUAUGCCAUUUCAAGCAAUUAUGACAUUUAUUUAAACUUUAACAAUAUUGAUGUAUGUAGUAAUUUUAUGACUUAGUACCUGCUAUAUGCCAUUAUCUUUAAAAUAUUUGAGAUUUUAUGAAGUACCUUCGUUGUGUAUCUUGGUAGGUACUUAUUGUUAAGUUAUAUUUUGACGUAUCUAUAAUAUAUAAUAUUAUCAAUAAAUGAAUGAUCAUCAAA